AUGAUGUCAUUACUAAUUCAAGGUCCAAAACAGCCGGGAAAUGAUAUCGAUGUUUAUUUAGCUCCAUUAAUUGAGGACAUGAAAAAAUUGUGGAGUCCGGGUGUCGAAGUGUAUGAUGCAUAUAGUGGGGAAAAUUUCCAGCUUCGGGCCAUGAUUUAUUGCACCAUAAAUGAUUUUCCAGCAUAUGGGAAUUUGUCUGGAUACAGCACAAAAGGAGCAAAUGCAUGCCCAAUUUGUGAAGAUGACACACAGUUGUUAUGGUUGUCAAAUUGCAAGAAAAAUGUAUAUAUGGAUCAUCGAAGAUAUCUUCCAAAAAAUCACCCAUAUCGCAAGAAAAAAAAGGUGUUCAAUGGUAAAACUGAGGAGAGGACGGCAAGGAAACCAUUACGAGGAGAGACUGUAUUUUCUCGUGUUGAAAAUCUAAACGUUACAUUCGAAAAAUUCAAAGGUAAUGGUAAAGGAAAACGUAAACGUAAACGUAAACGUACAGGUACAGGUACAACUCCUCCCAAAGUUAUUUGGAAGAAAAGAUCUAUAUUUUGGGAGUUACCAUACUGGAAGCACUUGCAGGUUCACCAUUGUCUUGACGUUAUGCAUAUUGAAAAAAGUGUUUGUGAAAGCUUGAUAGCCUUAUUAUUGAACAUCAAGGGAAAGUCAAAAGACGAAAUUAAUGUUCGAGAAGACAUGGUUGAAAUGGGAAUUCGCCCCGAGUUUGCUCCUAUUAGGAAUCCUGGAAAGCGUACGUAUCUGCCAGUAGCUUGUUAUACCAUGUCAAAGGAUGAGAAAACAAAAUUUUGUAAGUGCUUACAUGGUGUAAAGGUUCCAUCAGGCUAUUCUACUAACAUUAAGAAGUUAGUGUCAAUGAAAGAACUAAAACUAUUUGGUAUGAAGUCCCAUGAUUGUCAUGUUUUAAUGGCACAUAUGAUUCCCAUUGCAAUUCGUGGAAUACUACUAGACCGCAUUCGACACACAAUCACAAAGCUAUGCUUGUUUUUCAACAUGAUUCAUUCUAAAGUUAUUGAUCCCGAGGUAUUAGAUUCAUGGGAAAGUGAUAUUAUCUUGACAUUAUGCCAACUCGAGAUGUAUUUACCACCUUCAUUUUUUGAUGUCAUCGUUCAUCUAACAUCUCAUAUUGUUAGAGAGAUAAAGUAUUGUGGGCCAGUAUACUUACGAUACAUGUAUCCAUUUGAGAGAUAUAUGGGCGUCUUAAAAGGGUAUGUAAGGAAUAGACAUCAACCAGAGGGUAGUAUUGUUGAAGGAUACGCAACAGAGGAGGUAAUUGAAUAUUGUACUGACUAUUUACAAGGUGUUGAUAGCAUUGGCAUUCCAAAAUCUCGACACGAGGGUAGACUUGUAGGCAGUGGGACAAUUGGAUUGAAAAAGAUCAUUCCAAAUCUAGAAGACUUACAACUUGCACAUUUUGCAGUCCUACAACAUAUGACAAUCAUUGCUCCAUUUAUAAAUGAGCACAAAAGAACACUGGAAUUGUCAAAUCGUGGUAGGAGCAAUAGAUGGUUUGUUAAGGAACAUAACAAAACAUUCUCACAAUGGUUAAAAGACAAAGUGAGAGCAAGUUAUGGCAUCGAUAGUGUGGAUCAAGCUGUAGUACAUCUAGGGAAUGGUGCUGAUGAUCUUGCGGAAACGUACCAAGGAUACAACAUUAAUGGUUAUACAUUUUACACUAAUCAACAAGAUGGAAAAAGUACACUUCAAAAUAGUGGUGUAACACUAAUAGCCUCAACUGAAGUAUAUGGAGAUAGUCAUGAUACAAGGGUGAGGAUCGCCAAAGAAUCAUACUAUGGCGUCAUUCAGGAAAUAUGGGAAUUGAAAUAUGAUUCCAUCAUUAUACCUACGUUAAAAUGCAAAUGGGUUGACAACCAACGAGGUGUUAAAGUUGAAAAUGAUGGUUUUACAGUUGUUGACCUUUCCACAAACCGAUAUGUAUCUGAACCAUUCAUCCUAGCUAAACAAGCUACCUAG